UGAUUCAUUGAUAGAUCUCUGUGAACGGUUUCCGCUAAACUGUCUGUUGAUAUUCCGCUUUCGUAUGUUUUCGCGAUAGUCGCCGGCAGCUGGGUUCACGGCCGCCUUUGCUAAGUUGCAGUUGACAUAUCAUUCGAUUCCUUCAUAAGUUCACAGAGUAGUGCUUUGUAUUGCUUCAUUCGAAACUAUACGCCGUGCCCGCCUCCGUAGUGCAGUUCAAUACACCGAAUAUGUUAGCAAAUGUCCUGGUCCGUAGUUUGAAGCAUUGUGUCCGGCGAUUUGCUACGCAAACCAGUGAGCAAACAAUAAGACUCGCGGAUGUUAACAUCAAUUAUGUGCAGUCGGGAAAUGGCAGCAAAAAUGUACUCCUAAUGCCGGGCGCGAUCGGCUCCGCCUGGGUUGAUUUCAAGCCACAAAUCGAAAAACUGCCAGACGUCUUGCCAGAUUACAACAUUAUUGCGUGGGAUCCGCCAGGUUAUGGAAAGUCAAGGCCACCGAAACGACAUUUCACCCCAAAUUUCUACCACGACGACGCUGAUUAUGCCAAGAAGUUGAUGGACAUAAUUGGGAAACCGAAGUUCUCAAUCCUAGGGUGGAGCGAUGGAGGGAUUACGGGAAUGAUUCUUGCUGCCAAGUAUCCGGAGGCUGUGGAGAAGUUGGUAAUUUGGGGAUCAAAUUCUUAUAUAUCUGAUGAGGAGGCGAUCUUAUUUGAAAAAAUGCGAGAUGUAAAUACAUGGUCAAAACGGAUGAGAGAACCUCUAGAAGCCAUUUAUGGAAUUCAAGGUUUCGCCGAUAUUUGGGCUAAGUGGGUUGAUGCCGCCUUAAGUAUUUACCAUGAACGCAAAGGGAAUAUUUGUUAAGAAGAUGUGCCUAAAAUUCAAGCGCCGACUUUUAUUCUUCACGGUAAAAAAGAUCCAAUGGUGGCUGCGGAACACAUUCGAUAUUUGCGCAAACAUUUAAAGGACUCCAAAUUUUUCGAAUUUCCAGAUGGGAAACAUAAUAUCCAUUUGAGAUAUGCAGAUAAAUUCAACAGGUUAAUUGCCGAAUUCUUGAUAGACGGAGUAGAUGGAAAUAAGUGAAUGAAGUAAUGAAGGAAGAUCAAUUUCCUAGAUUUAUCUACAGUGUAUGGUAGGCUGUUUCUGUGCCUGAUUCAUUUUUAUAAUGGGAUUACAACUUUUCGUGAUAUUAACGUGUAGUUGAAUAACUGAAAGAAGAGAAUCUUUAUAGUUAUACAAGUCAGUAGAUUUAUUUCCUUCCUAUGAAAUAGUGAUUACACUUGUUCACUCAUUUGAAAUAACACGUUAUUUGUUAUAAAAUGCCA